AUGCACCAGGCUCUGCUCAUUCCCGAAGUCCUCCUAGAGAUAUUCUCGCAUGUGACUGAGGAGCCAUCCGACUCGUCCACCGGUGUUACAUCGUUGCCUCGGAAAUCCCUUGCAGCGCUUGCAACGAUAUGCAAAGCCUUUUACGAACCCGCGAUGGACCUACUGUGGAGUGAAAUCGACAUAUCAGAGUCAAUGCUAGGAUGUAUAACGAGACUACAUCCACUGAAAUAUCGCAGCGGUCGACUGUGGAAUUGGUUGGCAGACGUCAGACCCUUAUCUGUCGAUGAAGCCCAUCAAUUUUUGCGUCACUCCGCCCGCGUUCGCUCGCUGAUAAUGUUAUCCACUCGCCUUUUGCACCUUUUCUCAGACAUCCCUGUCAUAUUAUAUGACUUCCCGAGACUAAUGUCGUUGACUAUUUCCACCAAAUAUUUGAACUUCCUGCUGUCCCAGACGCUGCACCAUCAUCAUCUAGCGACUGUCAAUGAAGAUCUACAGUCUAUUGUGACCCGUUUUGCUGCGUUAGAGCGCUUAAGCAUUAUCACUCCUGAUACCAUCGAUGCAGUCAGCACAGCACGUGCGCUGUCCCGUAUUUCCGAUGUUGUCCGUUUGUGCAAGCAGCUUGUAACUCUGUCCAGUCCAUUAUUCGACUGGGCAGCAUGGAAGCACAUCUCCAACCUAUCUACCCUUACCAGAGUGGAUGUUGGUGACACGGUCACUGACGCCACCCCUCCUUCGCCGUUGGAACGGGAUAUCACCAAUUUUUCCCCAUUCAGUAACGUCACUACUCUUUCCUUCCUACUGUACGGCCCUGCAUAUGCUAUCACAGUCAUGCAACAUUCACAAUUCCCUUCGCUGAAAGAAUUCAAGAUAGAUGUCCGCUUUAUAUCUUCACCAGAGGCUGAGCAGCUCUUUCGUGCAUUGUCCAAAUGCAAAGCAUGCGAAAUCCUACAAAAAAUUGUCGUAUAUUCCUCGCAUCACGAAUAUAAUGAUCCCCAAACCAACUCGUUGUCAUAUUUCCUUUGUUUCACACAGCUCCGGACCCUGGAUCUCGCAUGCUUUGAUUUCUGUAUCAACCUGGACGAUGACAUUCUCUUGGAAGCCGCGUCAGCUUGGCCGCACAUGCGCAAUCUCGAAAUAGAAGACUCGCGCCUUCAUCAUUCUCUCAUUACAUUCCGCGGAAUUUUCACAAUGCUCCGUCUAUGUCCACAAUUGGAUACGCUGCGUAUUUCAAUCGAUACUACGACUGUCGAUAUUGAUCCUGAUGUUGAGCCGGUACAACAUACCUCCCUACGGAUAUUAGAGUUAAAGACAUCCGGGCAUCAAAUACCAAACGCUGGAACUGUCGCUCGCAUCAUUUUCUCCUAUCUUCCUCGUAUUAACGGGGUUGGCGGGUUCAUACAAAAUGAAUGGGAUGAAGUCAACAUGCAUCUCAAAUCUUUGAAAGAUGCUGCGCCACAUGCAACAGGAGCCGCCUCGAAUACUUGA